GCAGAGCUAUAGAAGAGUUCUCAGACGUCAAGCAAAAUCAAAUAUGCCUAAAGCACACAUAAGUAUUUGUUUGAUCAUCUCUUUAUACUUUUCUUCGGAAAAUUUCACGAGAGUAAACUCACAGAGUCAGGGACAUUGGUGUAUAGCAAACCAUGUUAUGGAUAAUGAAAGAUUACAAAAGAACAUAGAUUUUGCAUGUUCUAAAAUCGAUUGUCGGAUUAUAAUGGAAGGAGGUUCAUGUUAUGAUCCUAAUACUCCGCUUAAUCAUGCUUCUGUCGCCAUGAAUCUUUAUUAUCAAGCUCAAGGAAGACACCAAAGGGAUUGCUACUUCGAAGGCUCUGGUCUCAUUACAGUCAUUGAUCCUAGCUAUGGUUGUUGCAAGUAUCAAUAUCGUAAGUAAGAGGAUGCAAAGCUUUGUAUUGG